AUGUCCUCCUCCGAUCUAGCCACAGAACAUCCGGAAACACAACUGGAGCAUGACUCGACCCUAGUCCUUGACAAGGCCGUCUCACUCACCCUGAGCAGCGACUCCCUGCUGAUUGUCGAAGCUAAGACCAAGACUACGCAUGCGAUCUCUUUGUAUAAUGUCCUUGACGCCGAGAUCAACCCGUCGAGCCUAGUCAUCACCUAUGCUCAACAUUCGUCCAAGGAUGACGUCUCCGUAACCGCCCUCCAUUAUCCCGUCGGCGAGAAAGAGAAGCCCGCCAUCGAGGCUUGGAUGAACAAAUUGCUCGACCUAGCAUACGGCACCGCCCAGCGCAGAAAGCGACUCAAGGUCUUGAUCAACCCCUUUGGUGGCAAAGGCAACGCCCCGAGCCUUUACCAGAGAUACGCUGCGCCAAUCUUCGCCGCCGCACGGUGUCAAGUGGAUGUACAGAGCACGGAAUACCGUGGACAUGCCAUUGAGAUUGCGGAACAACUCGACAUUGACGCGUACGAUGCGAUUGUCUGUUGUUCUGGUGACGGUCUCCCAUACGAGGUCUUCAAUGGGCUAGGCAAACGGCCCAAUGGCCGCGAAGCAUUGGCUAAAGUGGCCGUGGCACUUCUUCCCUGUGGUUCCGGAAAUGGUUUGACUUGGAACUGUCAGGGUACAGGUAGUAACUCGAUCGCGGCGCUGUGCAUCGUCAAGGGCCUGCGGACCCCUCUAGACCUGGUCUCGGUCACGCAGCAGAACACACGCACCUUGUCGUUCCUUUCCCAGUCCUUUGGUAUUGUUGCCGAGUGUGACCUCGGUACCGAUCAUAUUCGCUGGAUGGGUGCUCAGAGGUUCACAUACGGCUUCCUAGUCCGUCUGUUGCAACGCACGAUCUGGCCUUGUGACCUGGCCAUCAAAGUUGAAAUGGAUGACAAACAAGCGAUCAAAGAGCACUACGCCGCUUUCAGAGCCAAGGAGGAAGAGGACGGUCCUCUUGCCGAGCAAGCCCGCCUUGAUGCUGCCAAGCAAUCACCAGUAUUGCCAGAACUUCAGUUCGGCACCGUUCAGGACGAGCUUCCCCAGGACUGGGAGGUUGUCCCAGGCGAUACCAUGGGUAACUUCUAUGCUGGAAACAUGGCAAUCAUGUCCAAGGAUACCAAUUUCUUCCCUGCCUCGCUUCCCAACGAUGGUCUCAUGGACAUUGUCACCAUUGACGGAACCGUCAGCCGCGGCACCUCGCUCAAGAUGAUGACUGAGAUUGAAACCGGCGGCUUCUUCGAUAUGCCGGACGUCAAGAUCCGCAAGGCCAUUGCAUAUCGCCUUGUGCCCCACCAAAAGGAGGGAUAUAUCAGCAUCGACGGUGAACGGGUUCCCUUUGAAGCGUUUCAGUGCGAGAUCCACCAAGGUCUGGGCACAGUGCUCGCGAAAUCGAGACAUGCGUACGAAGCUGAUGGGCCGAGGUGA